AUGUUCGUGCCACCUCCGCCGAAAGUGGUGCCUCCCAUGCCCGUGGUGGCCCCGUACGUCUCAGACGCAGACCAGCGAAAAAAACUGUGGAAACUGGGUAUGCAACACCACUUGAGGGCGUUGGAAGGCGUCACGAAGGUGACCGACCAGUCCGAUCCGGGUGCCGCAGACUCGGGCGUGCGAAAGGCUCGAGAGAAAGCCCGAGACUUCCAAAAGCACGAGACGAGGCGAGACAUUGAUGCCGGAAACCGCCAUUUGGUGCAUCGCUUGAAGGAGAUCGUGCAGAAGCCCAGCGUGAUCGCAAAGGUGUCAGACGGUGCGACCCGCCAUGCCGGAACUCGCCGCGAGAUGCUGCAGCGUGAUAGGCAAAUACGCCAGAAAAAUAUCGAAGCCGAGAAUCACUCUUUGGUGCGACGGCUUCUCGCUGUUAAAAGCAGCCUGGAUUCGCAGAGCUUCGAGAAAGACUACCGCAGGCACCGGCAGGAUGUCGGCCGGCUCCAGCAGCUCCCGGAGAAGAAUGCCAAGCCGAGGAAAUUGCCAAAGCUGCCGGACAAGGUUCUUCCGGAGCUGCCCAAGGAAGAGUACUCGCCGAAGAGUUCUUGCACUGGAUACAGGCCCGCACGCCAAGCGCUGCCGCUGCCUCCGCGCAUGUCCGAAAGCAGAUCUGUGCCGAACCUCCCCAGCGAGGCCCCUCCAGCAGAAGUUGCGCGCAGAAGAGCCAAGCCUGAAAAGCCUCAGGAGUCAGAGCCCCAGCGGCUUGCAGAGAGCAAGAGACCGCGGGCCAAAAUGGAGGAGACGGCACCUGUCGCGGCAGCUGAGCCGCCGAGGGAGGACGCUGCAGCUGCAGACACUGUCCGGGAGGAACAUGCUGCAGAGUCGCAACCUCGCGCGGCGCCUGGGGAGGGCGAUGCAGUGCUUGGCGCUGGAGAGAAUCUGCCUGAGCUCGCCAAAGCCGCGGAUGAUCUGGUAAGCCAAUUAACUGCGGACGCCCUGGCCUCGCUGGAGUUCAGUGACGCCAAAUCAUUUCUGUCCGACACCAUGCGCAGCUGGAGCACCAUGCAUAUCUCAAGUGAUAUCGAGACAUUUUGCGACUGA